GAUUGGCUCCACCAUCAUACUGAUGCUGGUGAUACCGUUGAGAUUUAUCCGCUGCCUCCUGUCUGCUGUGGUAUUUAAGAUACCAGACUUCUCCGAUCAGAAUUUCCUCCACUUGGAUCCAGAGAGUUGGAGACGCAUUUUCUGGGUUGCAUAAGACUCGGCAGGCCGAGCAUCAGCCCGUCGACUCAUGGCGAUUAACACUGAAGCCGAGGACUGGGGCGCCGUUGGGAGCAACGACUCUGGAGAGCGAGCGUGGCUCUUGCAGAGCCCCAGCGUGGAUUCUGUCCGGCAUCUUGAGACGGAAAGCAGUGGCAGAGGGGGCGUGUCGUCUUGGGCCGCGGUCUUCAUUGUGGUCAACGCAGCCCUGGGAGCAGGCCUACUCAAUUUCCCUGCAGCCUUCAGUCUGGCAGGAGGAGUGACUGCAGGAGUCCUGCUUCAAAUGUUUAUGCUGAUCUUCAUAAUCAGUGGACUGGUGAUCCUGGGCUACUGCUGCCAGGUCAGUAAUGAAAGCACCUAUCAGGAGGUCGUCAGAGCCACCUGUGGGAAAGUAACAGGAAUCGCAUGUGAAGUUGCCAUUGCCGUCUACACCUUUGGGACUUGUAUCGCUUUCUUCAUCGUCAUUGGAGACCAGCUGGAUCGCUUGGUGGCAGCAGCGGUUCAUGACACGGAUGAUGCCGUCAGUGGCCACUGGUACACUGACCGCAAGUUCACCAUCUCUGUUACUGCCGUCCUGAUUGUUCUUCCUCUCUCCAUCCCCAAAGAGAUUGGCUUUCAGAAGUAUGCCAGUGCACUGAGUGUGAUGGGAACCUGGUAUGUGACCAUCGUGGUCAUUAUAAAGUACAUCUGGCCAGAUAAAAAUAUGACUCCGAGCCACGUUCCCCCCAGUUCUGCUUCCUGGACUGCAGUUUUCAAUGCAGUGCCCACCAUUUGCUUUGGUUUCCAGUGCCACGUCAGCUGCGUGCCAGUUUUUAACAGCAUGAGCAGAAAAGAUCUCAAAACCUGGGGAGUGGUCGUCACUCUUAGUAUGAUAAUCUGCCUCUUUGUUUACACGGGAACAGGUGUCUGUGGCUUCCUGACGUUUGGCUCCGACGUCAGUCAGGAUGUGUUGAUGUCGUACCCUUCGGACGAUAUCGCCGUGGCCAUCGCCAGAGCUUUUAUUGUUAUCUGUGUCAUCACCUCCUACCCCAUCUUACACUUCUGUGGAAGGGCAGUCAUAGAAGGACUUUGGCUGCGUUUCCAAGGCGAGCAGGUGGAGGUGUGUGUGCGCCGUGAGCAGAGGAGGAGGAUCCUGCAGACGCUGGUGUGGUUUGUUGUCACGCUCGUCCUCGCCCUCUUCAUCCCAGAUAUCGGUCGGGUGAUCUCGCUGAUCGGAGGACUGGCAGCCUGCUUUAUCUUUGUCUUCCCGGGUUUGUGUUUGAUGCAAGCCAAGCUGUCAGAGACCGACAGCCCGACUGCCAGCUGGCAUGGAUCGGUGGUCCUCUGUGUUGUCAUGGUUACGAUUGGAGCAUUCAUCUUUGGCCUCAGCACGACUAACGCCAUCUAUCAAGACGUCGUCAGCUAAAAGAAACGGUUUUACCCGAGCCAGCGGUGUUUGAGAUGCUACUGGAAAAGAUGGAGGAGCAUCUCAUUUAAACUAAUGCUCUGCAAGCAGCACGUCACAUUCCGGCUCCGCAGCUCGUUAUUCAGUCAGGUAGUCCGUACUCAAAGACAUGAUGCCAAAGGACUUCAGACACUUUGCCUUUUUAUUUUCUGUACAGGUUGAAUUGCAUGUGUUAUGUUUUAUGGUGCUUUUAACAACAGGAGGGCAGAGAUUGGAUUCCCGUCUCUGGAUCCUCUACGGGCAACAUAUUCCGGUCCUUUUUACAAGAGCUGAGGGACUUUGUAUAAAAGGGUCUUACAAUCAAAUUGAUUUUAAUUAUGAAAUUGUACCAAUUUGUGUAUUUCAACGUGCAUGUCAAAGUAAAUGUUUCUUAUUGAAAAUGCCAUGGCGCCCAGGUGUAAGCCGGGGCCAGACUUUGGGUUGCUGAUAGUUUGUCUGCUUAUUAAGAAUUGUGUCUCUUCUCCAUAGGAACAUUGAAUCGAGUGAUACGUUUGCACAUAAUCAUUGAGUGAUGUGAUAACUGCAGGGUGGGACGGUUAGUCUUGUUACCUUUUUUAUUCUUUGAUGGCCAAUAAUAGUUUAACAAUUAACGUGAUUCCAGGAAGGCAUUUUAUAAAGUUAGAUAUGAUCAUUUCAUACUUGGCUUUGGAGGUGAAACCUUAUUUGUUUUUUUUAAAGUUCAAAGCUACAAACACUUAAUCCUGCUGGCCUUUCAUAAGAUUAACUACUGCAAAGUGCAAAACGGUUAACCUCUUACGGAACCACAGCAGCGUGCGUCCUCAAACACAAUGAAGACGAGACGACGCAUUCAGGAGAUGGGUUGGAAAAGUAUAUUGUGUUAAUGAAUGUAUGUAAAAAUGUAUAAAACCGCCACAGAAUUCAGUUUGUACAUAAUUUAGACAACAGUUGGACUUGGUGCUCAGGCGACAGUCAGUUUUUUUUUUUUUACUUGAAUCCAUUCACACCACUAAUGAACUGAGUUGUGAAUACUUUGUUUUAAACUCAAGAACAAAUUCUUCACUGCUUCUUUUAAUUAAGAUCAAUAAUCAAGACCCUUGACACUAAAGAUGCUCGCAACACUGAUUCAGUCGCAUGUCAUUUUGAUUGUGUUUCAACAAAGCCGACACUUUAAUAUCACGAAAAUGUUAAAGGUUUAUUGACUUAAUUGGGACUAAACUGAAUGGAUUUUUGUUUUUUCACUUGUUAGACUGGAUCAAAGCUAAUAUUUUUGUGAAUGUUAAGCAUGUUAUUAAGUAAUUGAGAUUGCCUUUUUGAUUUUCAUUUGAAACCCAGCAAUUUAAGGCGUUUUAUUUGUAGACACGAAAGUUUGGGUUAAAUGAAUUAUAUUGUAUUAGUCACACCGUUACCACAUUUACCAUGUACCUAAAAAGGGAAAGAAGCUAGAAUAAAAAAGUUUAACAUGCCAUCCGAGGUAUAAAAACUUGA